UCAGUUCCCCCACUGCUUCAACCUUCAGUCUCUUCCGCAACAGACAGGGAAUCUCUUUGCCUUUGUCGGUCAAAGGCGGCCAGGUGUCUUUAGGAUAUUUUCCAGCUCAGGACAUUCAGCCAUCUACCAACCGACAAACACAAUACUAAAAACAGUUCCAACAAGCGUAGGUGUUUCCUUCAGGACGUGACAGAUAACUGUGCUCCUUGUGCCUCUAACCUCCUGCCGAACUGUCCAGGAUGUGGCCAGUGCUGCUUGGUGUGUUCACUGCUUUGGUGGUGGCCUGGGUGACCGUCUACAUUUUUAAUUAUUCCAAGAGAAAGAGGGUCUUUUCCCAGGAGUGCCUGCGACCACCGGGGCCAUUGGUGACAGACAAGAAGCAGAGAGAUGAGGUGCUGAAGAAAGGUUUCAGAAUGGACCGUGUCCCGAGAACCUUGACGCUAUUGAUUGGCAGCGGUAUCGGGGGGCUGACAGCAGCGGCGGUUCUAGCCAAAGCAGGGAAGAGGGUUGUGGUUCUAGAGCAGCAUGACAAGGCUGGAGGUUGCACUCACAGCUUUGAGAACCAGGGCUUUGAGUUUGACGUAGGGAUCCACUACCUGGGCCAGCUCCAUGAGAACAGCAUGUUUCGUGUGGCCCUGGACCAGAUCAGUGAGGGCCAGAUCCAGUUCACCAGGUUGGAGCAGCACUUUGACACACUGAUCCUAGGUCAGGGUGAAGACCGCAGGGACUACCACAUCCUCUCUGGGAAGACGGAGAUGGCAGAGAGCCUGAAGAGGCAGUUUCCUGAUGAUGUGGAGGCCUUGAAUGAAUAUUUCAAGUAUAUGAAGAAGGCAGCUCGUCGUAUCAAUCUCCUGGCCGGCCUCAAGAUGAUGCCCAUGUGGCUGGUAGGCUUCCUGUCUCGGACCGGCCUAUUAGAGCGCAUCUCCUCAGUGUUCCGCAUGGCCAUCACCAAACACACAGAGAAGAUGGCCACUCUGACCAAGAACAAAGACCUGCACGCCCUCUCCGCAUACCUCUUCUAUGGUGUUCCCCCUAAGGAAUCCAGUUUCCUAAUGAAUACUCUACUGCUGCAGCACUAUAAGAGGGGAGCCUACUACCCCAUUGGAGGGGCCAGUGAGAUCGCCUUCCACAUCAUCCCAGUCAUCCGGAAGGCAGGUGGCGCUGUGCUGGUCAGAGCCCCUGUACAGACGGUCCUUCUGAAUGAGGAGGGCUCAGCGUAUGGUGUGACGGUGAGGAAAGGUCAAGAGGAGGUGGAGGUGUUGGCUCCAGUGGUCAUCUCCAAUGCUGGCAUCUUCAACACCUUUGAGAAGUUCCUUCCCCCAGAGAUACAGGCCAAGCCGGACAUCCAGGCCCUGCUGGGGAGGAUGCAGCAUGGGAUGGGCAACUUCCUGGUGUUUGUGGGUCUGGACGGCACGAAGGAGGAGCUGGGCAUUACCUCUAUGAACUACUGGAUGUACAAAGAUAACGACCUGGACACACUGAUGGAACGCUACAGUUCUCUGAGCCGAGAGGAGGUGGCGGGGAACAUCCCCAUGAUGUUCAUUCAUUCCCCCUCUGCCAAAGACCCCACCUCCAGUACCCGCCAUCCAGGGAAGUCCUGUAUGACGCUGUUGACCAUGGCCAAGUUUGAGUGGUUUGAGGACUGGAAAGAUACCAAGAUAAACAAGAGAGGGUCCAAUUACGAAGACCUGAAGAUGAGCAUGGCCAAGGAGCUCCUAGACUGGGCACUGGUUAUCUUCCCUCAGCUCAGGGAUAAGGUGGUGUAUAUGGAGGCUUCCACGCCCCUGACCAACAUGCACUACCUGGGCGCCCCGCGUGGGGAGAUGUAUGGGGCCGAACACAACCUGGACCGCUUCAGCCCGGAGACGGUGGCCAGAACCCGGCCCCCCACCCCCGUCAAGGGACUCUACCUCACCGGCCAGGACGUGUUCUGUAACGGGAUGGCCGGUGCUCUGCACGGAGGAAUCCUGUGUGCCUCGACAGUUCUGGACCGUAUUCUCUACAUAGACCUCCUAGCUCUGAAGAAACAGCUCAAAAAGCAGACUCGUGAAAAGGCUCGUAACAAGGCCUGAGAAACUAUUUGGACACAGCACUGACCACAGUCAAAAUCAUUACAUAAACCAAUACCAUGUAGACGACUGCCUACAGUACGUCACAUUUCUUCCCCCUAUCUAUCAGUUUCAUGUAAGUGCCAUGUUGUCUUGUAUUGAAUUAAAACACGGUGUCUUUCUUUAUUACCUGUUAUGGUUACAUGUUGCCAUCUCUUUAGCUUUGUUUAAUGAUGUUCGGAAAAAAUGACCUCACUGGAUUCCUCGCAGUCGUGAAUGAUUACCACUCUUUAGUCAGAUCGCAGGCAGAAACAUGGGUGUGUUUUAUGUUUUGUUUCCGUUGAAGUGCUUCUGUAGUAUAGACACAACUCAUUAAGGUGCACUUUCCGCUGCGUGUACUUUCAACCAGAUUUUGUUCAAAUAAUACUUGUUACAAUCCAUUGUAACCAAGUAAUGCUGUUACUGUAAUACCUAUCACUGUUACGCUGUUGCUACACUGCUGUAAUUUUUUCACCUAGUACUGUAGACAGCCGCCAGGUAGGUUUCAGCAGGUCCUGUUCUAUCGAGUCAAAUGCAGAUAGGGGAAAAUA